AAAGUAAGAAGAAGCAUAAGCAAAACGUUUAUAAAAAGACAAUAAAGUACCACUAUACAAAAACAUUUUGCGACGGUAAAUAAAAUAAAGAAUAUAAUUAAACCAAGUGAAAAAUAGCACGACAGAAUGACUACAGCAGCACGUCCAACAUUUGAUCCCGCGCGUGGAGGCAGCGGUCGUGGCGAGAAAGAUUUGAGUGCGCUUUCAAAACAAUAUUCAAGCAGAGAUCUACCAGGGCACACCAAACUCAAAUACAGAGAAACGGGACAAGGUACCUCAGAUGAACUACGCAACCGUGAUUUCCGCAAAGAAUUGGAGGAUCGUGAACGCGAGGCACGCCCCAGCAAAGCAUUGCCGUCGAUUGUACGUAAAGCUAUUGAAGCAAACAAUUCUGCAAGCAGUAGCGCCAGUGGUCCGAAACGUGCGCGCCUAGAACAACCAGCCGCACCUGUGAAUCUAGAUGCUGACGAUCCGAUAGACAAAGAUAGUUCCGAAGAGGAUUCCGACUCGGAUGAAGAAGAUGACACUGCAGCAUUGUUGGCGGAGUUAAAUAAAAUUAAGCAGGAACGUUUGCAGGAAGAAGCGCGUAAAGAUCAAGAAAAGAAACAAGAAGAGGAACGCAUACGAAUGGAGAAUAUCUUAUCUGGCAAUCCGUUGAUCAAUUAUGCGCCAGGUUCUGGUGCAACAGCUAGUAAAAAUCUGGGCAGUGAUUUGAAGGUAAAACGACGUUGGGACGAUGAUGUGGUCUUCAAGAACUGUGCUCGCUCUGAACCCGAAAAGAAGACACAUUUCAUCAACGACUCUCUUCGCAAUGAAUUUCACAAAAAAUUCAUGGAUAAAUACAUUAAGUGAUUUUUAAUUAUACAAAUUUGGAUACUAACCAAGUAAUAGCGCAUUUUAAGCAAAUUUCAAUAUAUACUUUUUUCUCUAAGUGAAUAAAAAUAAAAACAUA